AUGGCUAUUGCUUUAUUUCUCGUCGACGCCCGCAACAUUGCCCACAUGAAUAGUGUUUCUUCCUUCGGUGCAGGUCUCCAACUCUUGAUCUUUGCGAAAGACAUCGCCUACGAACCGCAGCCCCGCCGUGGAAUGUGGCAUGGUAUAUUCGCCGCGACGCUGAUAUUGGCGUUGUAUGCGACGUGGUUUGGCAUUGAGCGACUCCUCCCGGGGAACACUAUGACGAUCAUGCAGCUCAAUGCGAUAUAUUUCAGCUCGGCCUGGUUUCUGGUCAGCGAAUAUGGCACAGAGGGCACGGCAGGUGUAUUUGGCCGGAUUGGUCGUAUCGCGAUUCGGAAUACCCAAGGAGCAGGCGAAUCUGCGGCGCGAAAAUGUUUGACCAAGAAAGGUUGUUUUGGAGAGACUUUUGCACAAGAUACGGUUCGAUACAAUCUGCCUUCGAUUUCCUAG